ACAGCAUGGCUGACUCACUUCCUCGUCGCCAGGAUGUGGAUUUCAAACUGAGGAGACAGAAAAGUGGGGAACGGCGUUUGGAGCGUCUGCAGUGAUGCCUGUGACGUCUGAAGAUGUCUUCAGAUACUGAAUGAAGUGAGGAAAGUCAGCCACUGAGGGGACAGAAAGAGUCCUGUUGCCAUAAAGAGAGAAGAGAGGAGAGAGAGAGGCUCAGAGAAGCUAGGUCAGUGGAUGCAUUUGGGGGUCUCUGUCUCUUUAAGCUGGCCGUUCUUCACUGCGGAGUGUGUGGGUGCUGCAGCAGAGACAGACAGAGGCAGAGACGAAGAGAGGAUGAGGGAGCAGCGGUGAGAGAAGCAGCAGGACGACAGAGGAACAAGUUGUACCUCAGAGAUUUGGGGCUCAUGUCCUCACGCUGAGGCUUGAAGACGACCAUUUUCAAGGGUAGACCCGAGGAGGACAGUGUAGGGCGAGCAGAGGGGGUUGAGCACUGGGGAGGGUGUGAGAAGUACAGGUGGAGGGGUGGCAGAGCGUGUGGAGAGGGGGCUGUUUAUUCGGAGCGUGGCACCGGUGGCAGAGUGGCUGCGCUGGGAUGGCAGAGGGGGCAGUGGGGGGCUGGCGCUGGUGCAGUCCUCAGAGGGAGAAGGGCGGCCGGCGGCAGGACAGGAGGUCCUCCAGCGAGGGUUACGCACACAGGACGGUGCCUGCCGGAUGGUGCCACCAUGUUCCAUCAAUGGCACAGAUAGCACCUCCCGUCCCAGGGCAGGAGGAGGCGAAGGGGGAGGCGGCGGCUGGAGUUGGGGCUGGGGGAGCCGAGCGUGUUAGGGUGGGCAGGACGUUUCUCGGCCAGGUUUCACUGUGUCUUGAGGAGGUAACGGGUGAAUCGGAAGGGGAGGUCGGCAGCGCCUGCUUCGGUCAGGUGUCACGGCGGCUGGGGCGGCUGCUGAAGAGGCUGCCCAAGUCUCGCUCCUGGAGCGACAGCUUGCGAAUCCUCCGACGAUCAUCCUCCAACGGAUCUCUGCUUAACACCUCAGACUGCAGCUACACAUGUCACCUGGAGUGUAAAAGUAAAGUACAGAUUGACUGCAACAAGAGGGACAGAGAGCCUGAGGAAGCUCCUUCUCCCAGACGGCACAGCUCCUCCACAGCCUCUCAGUGCAGGCAGAAUGCAGCAAAGGAAGAAGAGAAGGGAGCGACAAAAGACCUAUCAGAGGAAGAAGUGCGGGCCAGGAUUGACAAGUAUAACGCUCAAGUCACAGAAAAUGGAAUGAAAUUGGCUUCAGACGGCUCAUACACAGGCUUCAUUAAAGUCCACCUGAGGCUCAAUCGACCAGUCACCGUCCAUGGCGUGGACCCGUCAGCCUCAGAGGGUGCAUCCAAGCAGGCCGGCGACCGCCUCCAAGCUCCGUCGAAGGAGCAGGAAGCUACAGACUCUGAGCAUUCAGAGAAGAGAACGUCCUUCUAUCUACCAAGCGACAGUGUGAAGCAGCUCCACAUCAGCUCUCAAACCACCACAGGAGAGGUCAUCAAGGGCUUGCUGAAGAAGUUCAUGGUGUUGGACGAUCCGCGCAAGUUUGCAUUGUACAGGCAGACACACCGCGACGGACAGGACCUCUUCCAGAAGCUUCCUCUCUCCGACCACCCUCUUCUUCUAAGGUUGAUUGCGGGACCAGAUCCAGAGCAGCUCAGCUUUGUGCUUAAGGAAAACGAGACCGGAGAAGUAGAGUGGCAUGCAUUCUCUGUCCCCGAGCUUCAAAACUUCCUGGUCAUCCUUCAGAAAGAGGAGGCGGAGCGCAUCCGAGCAGUGGAGCAAAAAUACACUGUUUACCGAAAGAAACUACAGCAGGCCCUUGAACAACAUGCCCCCUGACCCCCGUCACACAUAACGUCAUGGCUUUAACCCAGGGAGAGACUGACCCUUUGAACUCCGACACCUUCGAGAUCUAUUCACAGAGCGGAGCCCGAACUAAACUUUUCUUGGAGCUCCAGAUAUACACGCGGACGUGCACACUUGUUCACACGUGGUUGCAUAGCCUUUCUCAGGACGCAUAUGAGCCCCUCUCAUCGCCACCACACCCCCCCUUACGUCGCCUCCUUGUGAAGGGGAUCGGGAGUCGAAAGCGCUGUAAAAAGCUACAGAGUGUGUGUUGUCUUCUAGCUGAUGGGACAAAUAGUGCCAAGGACGCGUGCACACACACACAUACACACAGAAAGAUCUGUACUGUAACUCAACUCGAGUUGAGACUGAUAGAUUUGAGUAAGUGGUGUUUGUAAAGAUUCCCUCUUCUUCUGCUACUGCUGCUGCUGCUACUGCAAGUGUUACUUAUGCAUGAGUCUGAGCUCAUCUUCCCUGCACAUAGACUUAGGAUUAAAACAGAAGGCAUGAUUACUUUUUUUUCUGCAUCAUGCAGGGAUGAAAGGACAAUAAUACUGUGUUGUUCCUGGAAAUGAUGUAUCAGUUAUCAGCAGAUGUGCUAUUUUAUCUCUCUGGAGUUCUAAGGGAGGUAUUUAGGGUGGGAGUUGAAGUACUGGCAACCUGUGCUUCUCCUUAGAACAUGUUUUCUUAAGGAGUUUCGAAAUCUCAUAACAGGUAUAAGAAAGCGAGAUCCAUUCUGGGCUUUUUCUCAGGGAGCAUGAAUUGGGAACAGAGAAAAGCUAAAGGAGGAAAAAGAUAGCCCUGUUCCACGUAGAACAAGCUCGUUUUAGCCCCUGCUUAUCUGUUCUUAUUUGCUAAAUUCAGUCAGUGCUUCUUCAGCCACACCCAGUUAGCACCCUUCUCCAUGCUCCUGCAAAACAUACACAUAAUCCAGACGUGUUCCAAGAUGAUAACUGUCAUAUAAUUUCCAUUUCCCCUCUCACUUUAAUCGCAAUCAAACUUGCAUGAAUUCCACUUGCAAACUGCAUGAACCCCACCUGUGGAGAAAGCCUGCCGAAGGAGGUGAACCACAAACCUUUAUGGACACACUUUAUGUACGCUGAUGGGGUUGUAUAUUAAAUGUUACAGGACUUUGACGCCAAAGCUUAGAGGGGGCACAUCUGCCAAGAGGGAUUAAAGGGAUUACAGACAAAAGUUUGUUGAAUUAAAGGUGGUGUAUGUGAGGAAAAACUGAUUCUGUUUUGCACAUUUACAGUAGACGCAGGUUAAUGAUGGUCCACACAUCUGGGGCUGGGCAUGCAUUUAGGUUUUCUUGAAUCGACCUGCCUUCCAACCUAAAAAAAAAUAGGAAAUAAUAAUAUAUAAAAUUCAUGAACAUGGCUAUGAUGUACCAAUGAUAUGUUUGCAAUGCAUAUGUAUUAUGUAGACACUGGAAAAAGAGUGACAAGGUUUAACUUAACUGUUAAAAUGAACAUUUUAAAGUAUCAUUCCUACUGGUUGGUUUGUGUGUGUGUGCGUCUGCGUGCGCGUGUGUGUCUGCACUCUCAUUUAGGGCAGUGAGGCUAAUGUGAAUAGUGUUUUAAAAUGAGUGUGUCUGUCAUCAGCGCUCCAUCAUUGGGCCUCGCUUACAAAGAUGUGCAUUGAGUGCACAUAUAAUGUAACGGAUCCUAACUGCACAUUAGCUGGCUGCUAAAACAUCUGGAGUGCAUGCAUCACAGAAAACAUUCAACAAAAACCUUGAGAAGUUUGAAAACUUCUUCAUUUAGUGCAUAAAAGUACUGAUACACGAGGCCUGUUGUCCAUGAGCACAUGCGUCCCUCUGUACUGUUUUUGUGUUUGUUUGUAUUUUUUCUUCUUUUUAACGCCACCACCCAAAGCCUGAGCUGUUCCUGCUGGCAGUGCCUUUUUUUUCUUGUGCCCCUGUGUAUUUAUGUAAGGUGUGUUUCAGCACACAGGCGCCCGAGUUAAAUGUCUCGGUGCUUUCGCAUGUGUGCAAACCUGUGUCCCCCGGGUGGUGCUGUUUCUCUCAUUUUUCUUUCUGUCCUGUAACACUCAUGUCUUUCCACCAAACCCUCUGUGGGAAUGUGUGUGUGUGUGGGUUUGCGUGUGCGUGUGUUAUUUAUUUCACGGUUCACACCAUCCACAUUGUUAUUAUGUAAGGGAUGUGUAGACCUGAUGCUUUUAUUGCGAUUUUAUUUUGUUUUAUUUGAAGAAGUGUGUGUAUAUCAGUAGAAUUGUACAAAAUAUGAAAAUGAAAUAAAAAAGGAAAUUCCUUUAUUGAAACUUU